UGGAGAGCUGGGUCCGUCUCCAGCUGCUCCCAGUCCUCUCUCCUUUGGGUUUUGGCAAUUUUGGGGUGAGGGGAGGUGAGCUGAGUGAGCAGCGUGUCCCAGCUCAGUCUCCCCUCUGGCCACCGCAGCCCCUUCCUGCCUUUAUGAAGAGAAAUUAGGCAGCAAAACAUAAAGAACAAGAAAUCUGCACUCAAACUGGACUAGAAAAGAAUGUUUGGACAAAAUGAGGAGGAGAAAAUGGACGAGACUUCGAAAUGGAACCCUUUGGUCUUUGAGACCACAACCAUCACGUUCUUCAUCAUACUCCUCAUCUGCUUCAUUUGUAUCCUCCUUUUAUUGGCAGUGUUUUUAUAUAAAUGGUAUACACCUAUGCUGAUGAUCUGGGGGCCGGCUUCAAGUUACAGUAGCAAUUUCAGAGGCAGGAUUGAAGAGCCAGUGAUUCCACUUUGUACUGAUGAGAACGAAGGUGAAGAUUGUUUAGCUGCUAAUGUGGAGAUGAACAAACCCGAGGAUCAAGACAAGGUCCUACUGCACUUCGUAAACAUGGACAUGCCUGUGAGACCUGGCAUUCUUGUCCAAAGACAGAGUAAGGAAGCCACGGCCCCACACUUAAGAGGGAGCGCCGAGUCAGAAGAGGACAGAAACAGACAGAUAUUAGAGUCUGUGAAUGUGAGAGAAACCACCCACAAGGGUGUGAUCGCUGAGAGAACACCCACGCAUGUCACCUUAACUCCUUCGGUUAUUGAAAGCCAAAAAAGACCUCUGAAAGGAGUGACAUUUUCUAAGGAGGUGAUUGUUGUGGAUCUUGGAAAUGAAUAUUCCAUGCCUCGAAGCUAUGCUCGAGAACAUAAAGAGAGAAAGUGAAGCGCGGGAAAGGCUGCCGGAGAGAGAAGUGGAACCUUUGACAAGCACCGGAUUGCUGUGACAGGGUCUCGUCAGAGCAGCGGAAUGAUGGGAAAAGAGCAAACACAGGCGAUAUUUUACCUCUGUCGGAAAGAAGUGAACUGUGCAAAAUUUUGUACGUAAAAUACUGAGCUCAAAUAUAGUUUUUAAAAAGCAAAUCUGAGUUUGGUAAGUUGACCAGAAUAAAUGUCCUUAACCGUCUGUCUACUA